AUGAAGUGGGCUAUCGUUCUCUUUGCCUUGGUGGCGUUCUCCGAGUGCAUUCGCGUGCCUCUGAUCAAGGGCAAGACCGCCCGGGAGGCACUGACGGAGAAGGGCCUCUGGGAGGAAUACAGGAAAAGGUUCCCUUACCAGCCCAUGGUUAAGUUCCAGCAAAAUGGAGCUGAGGGCAUGACCAAUGAUGCUGAUCUUUCUUACUAUGGCGUCAUCACCAUCGGAAAUCCCCCCCAGUCUUUCACAGUUAUCUUUGACACUGGAUCCUCCAACCUGUGGAUCCCCUCUGUGUACUGCAACAGCCCUGCUUGCAAUAACCACCAGAAGUUUAACCCUAAGAGCUCCAGCUCUUUCCAGAGCACUCAACAGACUCUCCAGAUCCAGUAUGGAACUGGCAGCAUGACUGGCAUUCUCGGUUACGACACUGUCGGGGUGGGCGGAAUCAGUGUGAGCAACCAGAUCUUUGGCCUGAGCGAAACCGAGGCCCAGUUCAUGCAGUACAUGCAGGCUGAUGGUAUUCUGGGUCUUGCCUUCCCCUCCAUCUCCUCCUCUGGAGCCACCCCUGUCUUCGACAACAUGAUGAGCCAGGGCCUGGUCUCCCAGGACCUCUUCUCCGUCCACCUGAGCGGGAAAAGCCAGACCGGCAGCGUGGUGCUGUUUGGUGAGAUCGACUCUCAGUACUACACCGGCAGCUUCAACUGGAUUCCUCUCACCUCAGAGAGCUACUGGCAGAUCGCAAUGGACAGUGUCACCAUCAAUGGAAACACGGUUGCUUGCUCCGGUGGAUGCCAGGCUAUUGUUGACACCGGCACCUCCCUCAUUGUGGGACCUUCCGGUGACAUCAGCAACAUGAACGGCUGGGUGGGCGCCACCACCAACCAGUAUGGUGAUGCUACCGUGUCCUGUGGAAACAUCCAGAACAUGCCUGAGGUCACCUUCACAAUCAACGGACACGCUUUCACCCUCCCAGCAUCUGCCUAUGUGUCUCAGGGAUACAAUAGCUGUUCCACUGGCUUCGGCAACGGAGGUAACGACCAGCUCUGGAUCCUGGGUGACGUUUUCAUCAGGCAGUUUUACACUGUCUUUGACAGGAAAUACAAUAUGGUGGGUCUCGCUUCAACUGCGUAAAUACCAUCGAGUUGUAAAAUGAAACAUUCAUCUGGCCUAUGUGAUUGUGAGCAUGAUGAAAUGUGCACAGUGAACAAAGAUAUACAAAUAAAAACAAUGACUCAAAAUUGUCAAAAGUGUCCCUGAAUGUUUAUGUAUACAUACAUACACACACAACUGGUGCAAAAUCACACAAUGUUGUACAAUGUUUGAUUUUAUAUUUAUUUCAAGGAAUGACAAAACAAAAAAACAAAACAAAAACAAAACUGUACAUUCUUUAUCUUUUUGGUCUGAAUAAGUUGAAAUGGCACAGAGCUCAAUAUUCAAGCAGAGCAAAAAGCAAAAAUUCAACAUCAUACAACAUCAUAACAUCAUACAACAUCAUAACAGCCAUCUUUCAGAGAGGGACAGUAGCGUACCUAUGUCAGUUAUCGGACACUGUCAAACA